AUGCUUAUCAUUACUUAUAUCAGUGACCGUAUCAGUCUUGUGAAUGCUUCGAUCUAUAUUACUCCAAAAUGUAACAACCGAAGGCAGUUUCCCGCCUUUCUCUCUGUAUCUCACUCUUUUUCUUUCUUUCCUGCUGGUCUUUUUUCUUUCUUUCUUUGUGUAUUUAUUUAUUUAUUUCAACUCUCUCUCUCUCUCUCUCUCUCUCUCUCUCUCUCUCUCAUUUUCUAUCUGUCUCUUUCUACUUCUCUCUUUACUUACUCACUCUGUUUGUCUGUUUUCCCUAUCUCUCUGCGUCUUCCCUUUCUCUUUCUUUCUUACCUUUUUCUUUCUUUCUCUCUUUAUUUAUUUAUUUCUUUAUUUAUUUAUUUCACCCCUCUCUUUCCUUUUUUGUCGCUUACUACCUCUCUCUUUACUUACUCUAUCUGUCUGUCUCUUUUACCCUAUCUCUCUGCCUCUGUCUUUCUCUUUCUCUUCAUCUCUCUCUCUCUCUCUCUCUCUCUCUCUCUCUCUCUCUCUCUCUCCAUCUCCUUCUAA